AUGAAAGUCUGCAUGACGUUGAUGUUGUUUUUCGGUGCUGCAUCUCUCAUGGAUUCGAGCAAUGGACUUGACACGAUUGACUAUGGAUCUUUGAUAAAGAAUAUCUAUGAUACGUAUGGUACUGCGGGAAUAAUCAUAGCAUCCAGCGUGAAUUAUCAAUCAUUUUCAAGACUGACGGUCUGGCAGAGGGUGACGAGAAUGUUGUCCGAAAAAAAGAUAGCAACGGGUCUCGUCAACUUCGAACAAUUCAAAGAUAGACUGGAGUUUUACACCAGUCGAACUGUUCGACCACUCGUUGUCAUCCUGUUCGGUAAAAUGGAAGCAAUCAACCGUUUUUCACGACUCGCAGUAGCCAUAGACAUGAGCUAUCCCGUAUGGGUCUUUCUGUUCACUGCCGAGACCAAUUCGGAUGUCUGUAAAUUCUGUCAUGCGCCGCAUCAAAAUCUGUUGAACCUCAGAUUCAACUCGGAGGCCCUCAUCUUGUGCUGCAACUCGUUGAUUAUCGACGAGUGGUGGUCGAAAACGGAAAACCACACGAAUACACGAGAACUCGGGAAGUGGAACGAUGAGAGAAACGAAAUCGAGUGGUUCACUGAGAAUGCACUUUACAGUCGUCGAUCUUCGGUUGAAGGUCGGAAGUUUCGGGUUGCUAUUGUUAAGGGAUCCGGUUAUAUCUGGCAAAAAAACGCGGAGGUUUUUGGAUUCCUAGGAGGCCUUCUGAAAGAGCUCUCUCGAUCUAUGAAUUUCACGAUAUCAUCUAUAAUCACGACCAUCGGCUACGGAAGUUGGAACCCCGAAACGUCAAAGUGGAGUGGCGUGAUCGGAUCCCUCCGGCGAAAUGAGGCAGACAUGGCGAUUUCGGAGUUCAGCAUGACCCAUAAACGAUUAGACAUGGUUGACUUCACAAUUCCCAUUGCAGUUGGCUACGCCCGGAUAUACAUUCAGAAGCCUAAUGGUGCCCACGUCAAGUGGAAUGCCUAUUUCAAGGCGUUUGCAACGGAUGUUUGGGUCGUUAUCAUUGGGCUCCUCGUCACCAUGCCUCUAUUUCUGACCCUCAUCAAGUACAAGAGAAGGAAAUUCAGCCUUUUUCCACUAGUCGUUGAACAUUAUUCUUAUGUCUGGGGUAUUUACUGUCAACAAGCUUUAGCAGAAUUUCCAGCUGAAACUCCCCUCAGAAUCGUAUAUCUAUCAAUAUUCAUAUCCUCAUUGGUGGUAUCAGCCGCAUAUGCGGCGUCCUUGAUUAGCUUCCUCGCUGUUUCAUCAUCGUAUUUACCCUUCAAUACAGUGGAGCAAUUCGCCGCGGAUGGGACCUACAAGCUCGUCGUAUUGAAAGAUAGUUCGGAUUACGAUACGCUGAGGACUUCGAACGAGACAAUCGCAAACAAAUUGAUGUCACUCAUGAAGCCAUACUACCAACUCCCUCAAACUCUUGAAGAAGGAUUUCAGCAGGUGUGCAAUGGAAGAGUUGCAUUCAUCACGAAUGAAGCUAUGAAGGAUGCCGUGCUAGCGCCCAUGCCAUGCGAAAUAGCUUCCAUCAAAACAGGAAGAAUCGAAACCUUGGGAAUGAUUAUGCCACUGCGCAGUGAAUAUACAGCUCUAGUUAAUUUCCAUAUUCAGCGAUUCAAGGACAACGGAAUCCUCGAGCGACUCAAACAAGAGUACUUCAGACAAGAGGAUUCACCCGAACUCUCUCAUCCACCCGUGGAUCAAUGGGAAAUAGCACCGAUUCUGUGUGUUUUAACUGGUGGAUUCUUCAUAGCUCUGGUUAUCUUCCUGAUGGAGCACAUUUUCCAUUAUCUCAGGAAUAAAUUUAGAAAUUACAAGAUAAAAAAAUUCAGUUGCAGAAAAGACAGACAUGUUCAUUUCGCUCGGGAAGCUGUGAUUCCGUGAUAUGAAAAUGUCGCUGGAUUUUAAUGAAUUAAU